AUGAAUGACAGGGCUGACCGAGGGGAGAAGAGGCUGCUCAAGGUCUUCUUCGGACAACUGGCCACAGGGAGCUUCCUGGAGGUCACAGUCCGCGGCUGGAGCGACUCAGAGCAGGGUUUGGUAGACUUCACACCAGCAGCGCGCAAGCAGGUGCUCAGUGACUGCUGGACUGAGCGGAGCAGGGAGGUCAGCCUCUCCGCGCAUGCAAGAGGCAGCAAACUGGUCCCCAAGACACGCUCUCGUCUUUUCCCAGUGAGGACAGGUUCUGUCCAGGAGAAAGGGCGCGACUCCCCCUCCUUCCUCUGCCAGCGCAGCUGCUCUCCCUGCCAGCCAGGUGCGAGCUGCGGUGACAGCAGAGCUUUCCUUGGCUCCACCCCCUCUUUCCCCGGAACGCGGAGCAGAAGUUUUCCAGCUCAGGACUUUCCAUCUCAACAGCGCGGAGCGCACGCAGCGCACCCGGUACCCAGGAGCCUCCCCCUCGGCAUGGGCUCGGCGCGCCUCACCUCCGCCCCGCGGGCCGCCCUGCUGCUCAGCCUGGUCCUGGCCUCCUGCUCCCCGGACCGCUCAGAAGCCAGGAGCAGCAGAAACUCAACCCUAACGGCCCCCCAUGCAGACCCGGGGACUCUAGAGCACUGCUCAAACAUCGACUUCUGCCCCCAAGCAGCCCGGUGUUGCCGCUCAGGUGUGGACGAAUACGGCUGGAUCGCGGCCGCUGUAGGGUGGAGCCUCUGGUUUCUCACCCUCAUCCUGCUCUGCGUGGACAAGCUGAUGAAGCUGACCCCAGAGGAGUCCAAGGACCUGCGAGCAUGAGACUUGAGAGCUGCGGCCCCAAGGACCUUCAUGGCCAUCACCACCACUGAGCAGGUGGAGGGAGGAGAGAAACGCAUCUAGAAGUGUGGCUGCUGUUGUUUAAAAGUCAUUUUCACCUUAAA